AUGAAGUUCACUUUCAUCAGCUCCGCCCUCUUCUUGGCCACCGCGACCCUGGCAUCUCCCGGCGGAGAGUCUAUCGCCAACGCCAUGAGCACCAGCAGUGCCGCGGCCGUGUCAACCUUGACCGACGAUGCAGCCUCUGUCAGCUCCCACGAGGCAAGCAAGGCUUCCGAGGCCGCUAGCAAAGUUUCCACCAGCGUCUCUAGCCAAGACAAUCUCACUUUGUCCGGCACCGUCAACCCAACCACCUCUACCCAGUCUACCAGCACGACUAGUUCGACCUCCAGUGGUUCUAGCGAGACCACCUCCACCACUGCUUCCUCCACUAUCAACGGCGCUUUCGCUCGUCCUACCGCCAUCGGUGGUGCUGCUGCUGGUAUGGCCGGCGUCCUUGGAGUUUUUGUUGCCCUGUAA